CUUCAUAUGCCAGCUCCGGUUGGGUCGGGCUCACACCGGCCCGCUGUGUUCUGACGUUUUCAGGAUGCCGGGCAGCUGGCGCAGCGCGUUCUGGACCACUUGGCUGGAAGGAAUUUCCUGGACCAUGGAGAGACUGCAGGGGCUCCAUAGAAUCUCUUGUUUCUGGUACAGAAGGUAGAGGCUGGGAUUUUGGCCUCACUGUUUACUUGCUGUGUGACCUGAGGCUGCCUCUCUGGGCCUCAGUUUCCUCAUCCUGAAAUAGGGAAUGGCUUGUGGUUCCCAGCCAUCCUGGCUGGGGGUGAGAAGCAGGAGUCUCUUGCUGAAUCCCUGACUCUGCCACAGCCUCUUUUUAUAGCCUGAGAUAGAUCACCAUCCCAUUCUGGAACUCAGUUUCCCAAUCUGUAAGAUGGGAUAGCAUGAAACAUCCUUAUCAGGUGAGCUGCGAACUCACCUAACACGAAGGCAGCACCUACUGCUCCAUCGCUUCUUUAUAGCAACUCGUGGUGCCUGCUGAGACAGACCUUUGCUAGGUUCUGAGGGUAGAAUGUUGCCUAGGACAGAGCGGGAAAAGCAGGCAGUAAAGUAGCAAAUCCGAAAACGAGCAAGACCACUACGGACUGCAGUACGAGAUGCGGAGGGAAUGGCCUGACCAGACGGAGCAGGGCCUCACCUGCUCACCAAGUUGAGCUCGGAUACAACCAGCAGCCGCUUCAGUGACGAAGGAUUACUCGAGUUGAGACCUGAAUGGCCAGAAAGGCUGCCGCUCCAGAUGCUGCUGCUGCCGCCGCGGCCACCCCACCCUCGGUCCUCCUCUCCGGAGACCAUGGACCCGCCGCCCCCCAAGGCUCCCCCUUUCCCCAAGACGGAAGGCCCUUCCUCCACUCCCUCCUCGGCGGCGGGGCCCCGACCCCCGCGGCUGGGCCGCCACCUGCUCAUCGACGCCAACGGGGUCCCCUACACGUACACGGUGCAGUUGGAGGAGGAGCCCCGGGGCCCGCCACAGCGCGAGGCACCGCCGGGAGAGCCAGGCCCUCGCAAGGGCUACAGCUGCCCUGAGUGCGCCCGGGUCUUUGCCAGCCCUCUGCGGCUGCAGAGCCACCGCGUGUCGCACUCGGACCUCAAGCCCUUCACGUGCGGCGCCUGCGGCAAGGCCUUCAAGCGUUCCAGCCACCUGUCGCGGCACCGUGCCACGCACCGUGCCCGCGCCGGCCCACCGCACACCUGCCCGCUCUGCCCACGCCGCUUCCAGGACGCAGCGGAGCUGGCGCAGCACGUGCGCCUCCACUAAGUUCCAGACCCGGCCUGUGCUGUCCGGCCCCUCUCUGGGCCACCACGUCUGACCCACACAGCGUCACUCCCACACACAUUCCCUUACUCCGCUGAGGUUACUGCCUUAUCCUGGGCCUCAGUUUCCCCAACUGUCUAAAGGGAGAAACAUUCCUUCUCUCUCUCUCUAGCUGUGUGAUGUAGACCAAGUCGUUGCCCCUCCCAGUGCCUGGGAGCCAGUCGGAGCCCAGUUUCCGCCCAGCUGUGCUGUGUGAGCCUUUGCAAGCGGCGUAACCUCUCUGAACCCUGGUUGUCAGCUCCGAAGUGGUGAACGGUUGUCUGCGUGGAAGAUUUGACAAAAGAGCACGGGCACGGUCUGGCUUAUUUCUGUGUCGCCCCAUUUCCACCCACCACCCUCACCCUUUACUCAAUAAACAUUCCGCACUCCA